CACCUGGAGCUUACAGUAAGGUUGAAUACUUCGGCAGGAUGAAGGUUUUCGUAGUUUUGGCAUUGUAUGUUGCCGCGGCUUGUGCCGGUCCAGAUGAAGAUAUCUGGCUGCAGUAUAAUAAACGUAUGCCGGCUGCCUACUAUUCGCUGAAGGAACCAAUUCAGCGGCAACCUGUUACCGGAAGAAUUGUCGGAGGUGUAGAUGCUGAGAUUGAGAGUUUCCCAUAUCAGCUCUCGUUGAGACGUAGUGGUUCUCACAGCUGUGGUGCUUCGGUUAUUUCUUCCAACUGGGCUCUUUCGGCCGCUCACUGUACUCAUCCAUUGCCAAACGUUGCUCUGAUCACUCUGCGUGCUGGUUCUGCCAAUCGCCUUGAAGGAGGACAGAUCUUCGAUGUCGCAGAGAUCGUUAACCACCCGAACUACAACCCAAGUAACAUUGAGUUGGAUGUUUGCGUUCUCCGAACUGUGCAGCCAAUGACUGGUACUAACAUCCAGCCAAUUGUCCUCGUACCAGCGGAAACUUAUUACCCAGGAGGUACACGAGCUGUACUAUCUGGAUGGGGUUUGACGAGCGUACCUGGAUCUUUGCCCGUAAUUCUACAGAUGGUGGAUAUCCCUGUGAUCAACCACGAUGAAUGCAAGGCCGGUUGGCCAGCUGGUUGGGUGACAGACGAUAUGUUGUGUGCUAGUGAGCCUGGACGUGACGCUUGCAAUGGUGAUAGCGGCGGUCCCUUGGUUACUGGAGGUCGCCAAAUUGGUAUUGUGUCUUGGGGUGCAACCAACUGCCUCGGAAAUGAACCAGGAGUUUACGCUCGUGUUGCUUACCCUGCUAUUCGCAACUUUGUCUCUAAUGUAACAGGAGUCUAAAUACAGUAAUGCAGAUUAUUUUAGUGUAAUAAAGAAACCAAAGCGGAA